AUGUCGGAGAAGAUUGGCCUUGUGACCGGGAGUUAUGGUAGCGGCCCGAUUCUACCUUGUGUAGGCACACUCGCAGCCGUCGAACGCCUCAAUUACACCGGUCUAUGCAUGUCCGAUGGCCCGAACGGUGUUAAUCGAGCGGACAGCGUAAGUGUGUUUGCGUCUGGGAUCACGGUGGCGGCGACGUGGGAUAGACGUCUCAUGUAUGAACGAGGAUUCGCUCUUGGAGAGGAGUUCAGAAUGAAAGGCGUUCAUGUUCUGUUAGGGUAUGUCAAUCCAUCAGCUCUGCACUUUCAGAUCCUAGACUCACAAUCAUGCAGACCUAGUACUGGACCGAUGGGCCGCCACCCUCGAGGCGGUCGCGGUUGGGAAGGCUUUGGCCCAGAUCCAUAUCUUGCUGGUGUCGCCAUGAAUGAGUCUGUUACUGGUAUCGAAACGACUGGUGUCCAGACAAGCUCAAAGCAUUACAUUGGAAACGAACAAGAAACCCAGCGCAACCCUAGUACCAAAGAUGAUGGGACAGUUAUCGAAGCUAUAUCUGCAAACAUCGACGACCGGACGCUCCAUGAACUCUACCUCUGGCCAUUUGCCAAUGCCGUCCGGGCUGGGACAGCAUCAGUCAUGUGCGCCUACAGUCGCCUGAACCAGACAUAUUCCUGUGCCAGCUCGGAAAUUCUAAGCACCAUUCUCAAGGACGAAUUAGCCUUUCCUGGAUAUGUUGUUUCUGAUUUUGGCGCCACGCACUCCACAGUGGAUUUUGCGGAAGGAGGCCUAGACAUGGAAAUGCCCGGAAACGUCACUGCAGCCGGUUUCCCAUGCUACUUUGGCGACAAGCUCCUUGAGGCAGUUCAGUCGAACAAAGUGUCGGAAGAACGUCUCGAAGACAUGGCAAGAAGAGUUAUGACGCCCUAUUUCCGACUACAUCAAGAUAAGGACUUUCCGACGAUCGAUCCUGCGACCGGGCCCGUACUCUUUAUUACUCAGCUUGGACACAUCCAGGUACCUUCAAUGGCUGGAAUGUUCACUGAGGUUCCAGCGUUAGACGUUCGCGCCGAUCAUGCGCGCGGCAUCCGCGAGCUGGGCGCAGCCGGCACAGUGUUGUUGAAGAACGUUAAUGGGACAUUGCCGUUGACAAACCAGACUAGGUUCGCUCUAUUUGGGAACGGUCUCCCAGAUCCAACCAUUGGAUCAACAUUCGUGCCUGCACCUGGCGAAGACGCUCCAGAGGGCUACGAGAUUGGUACCUUUGACAUUGGUGGCGGAUCUGGCUCUGUGCGACACACAAAUCUUGUGAGCCCACUCGAAGCUAUACGGAAUAAGGUCAAAGCCCUCGGUGGCCGCGUACAAUUGCUGUUCGACAACGAUGAGAUUGCAGCGGGGCGAUUUACAACCAUUUACCCAACACCCCAUGUCUGUUUGUUAUUCUUGAAGGCCUGGGCGACCGAAGGCGCCGAUAGACCGGAUCUGAACCUCCAGUGGAAUGCUACUAAGGCUGUUGAAAGCACAGCAGCGCUAUGCCCAAACACUAUCGUUGUGACACAUGGUCCGGGCGUAGUCUUGAUGCCAUGGGCGGACAACGAGAACGUGACGGCCAUCUUGGCUGCACACUAUCCCGGAGAAGAGAUUGGAAACUCCAUCACCGACGUCCUUUGGGGUACUGUCGAGCCCUCCGGCCGGCUGCCCUACUCCAUUCCCAAGGACGAAGCAGAUGCUGGUCCUCCGAUUCUAGUGGUGCCUGAGAACACAACAGAUCCUGGCGCAUGGACAGAAGACUUUGUAGAGGGUCAGAUGAUUGAUUACCGGUACUUCGACGCCAGUUCUGGCAAAGAACCACUUUACGAGUUCGGUUACGGGCUUUCAUACACCGAGUUUGACAUGGAGCCGGGUCUUAACGUGCAACUUAUGGGCGGCUCGUUGAACCAACGUGUCAACAAGUCCAUGGGUAUAGCACCAGGAGGAAUGGUCGAUUUGUGGACCAACGUAGCCGUAGUGACAGUCAACGUCACUAAUACAGGUGGCCGAGCAGGUUCCGCUGUACCGCAACUUUACGUAUCACUUCCCCAGGACACGACGCCCCCAGGCACACCUGUAAAGGUGUUGAGAGGAUUUAACAAACUACAUCUCCGCAAAGGCGAGACGAAACAAGCGACGUUCGAGCUCUUGAGAAGGGACCUGAGCUACUGGGACGUUCAAGAGAAAGAGUGGGUUAUCCCGAGAGGGCAGAUAACUCUUUUGUCAGGGUUCAGCUCCAAGGACCUACGAGCAAACACAACAAUCUCAGUGUAG